CCACAUCUCUCCAUCCUUAGAAUCCUCCCUACUCUCUCACACCCGCAUACACAAUGAAGCUUUCACUCCCAUUGGCAUUCGUAGCUGCACUCGCAGCAGCAGCAGGCGUAGACGCUGGUGUUCACAAGGCCAAGCUGAGCAAGCACAAUGAUGCCAAGAUCACCACCCUCCACCAGCUCGAGACCCAGGCCAAGAUGCUCAAGAUGAAGUACGGCGCAGCCACCGCCGCCCAGUCCCCCUUCACCUCUGGCCAGGAGGGCGAGUUUGCCGUCCAGCCCGUAGAGAGCAAGGACCGAUACAACGCUGCUUGGUAUGCCGAGGCAAAGAAGGGACACGGCGUUCCCCUCUCCGACUACCUCAAUGCCCAGUACUUUGCCGACAUCUCCAUCGGUACACCUCCUCAGUCCUUCAAGGUCAUCCUAGACACUGGGUCCUCCAACCUCUGGGUGCCUUCCAAGUCCUGCUCUUCCAUUGCCUGCUUCCUUCACACAAAGUACGACAACUCGGCCUCUUCCACCUACCACAAGAACGGAACAGAGUUCAAGAUCCAGUAUGGAUCCGGUGCCAUGGAGGGCUUCGUCUCUCAGGACACUCUCCGCAUUGGUGACCUUGAGAUCAAGCACCAAGACUUUGCCGAGGCCACCAGCGAGCCUGGGCUGGCCUUUGCCUUUGGCAAGUUCGACGGUAUCCUUGGUCUCGCUUACGACACCAUCUCCGUCGAUGGCGUUGUGCCACCCUUCUACCAGAUGGUCAACCAGAAGCUCAUCGACGAGCCCGUCUUCUCCUUCUACCUAGGCAGCUCUGCUGAGGACGGAGGUGAGGCCGUCUUUGGUGGUAUUGACCCAGACCACUACACCGGUAAGAUCACCUACGCACCCAUCCGCAGGAAGGGCUACUGGGAGGUCGCUCUCGACAAAGUUGCUCUCGGCGACGAUGAGCUUGACCUAGACAACACCGGCGCAGCCAUCGACACUGGUACAUCGCUCAUUGCCGGUCCCACCGAUGUGAUGGAGCUGCUCAACUCUGCCAUUGGCGCAAAGAAGGGCUGGCAGGGACAGUACACCGUCGACUGUGAGCAGAUCCCCUCGCUGCCCGACCUUACCUUCACCAUCGACGGAAAGGACUACACCCUCUCGGCAUCCGACUACAUCCUCCAAGUACAGGGAAGCUGCAUCUCCAGCUUCACUGGACUGGACAUUCCUGCCCCGCUCGGUCCCAUCUGGAUUGUUGGUGACGUCUUCCUGCGAAAGUACACGACUGUGUACGACCUCGGAAGGAACGCAGUCGGAUUCGCCACUGCCAAGUAAGCGAGUCCUCGUCUCGCCGCGUCUGAGCAUAGCGGUACGGUAGGGAGCGGUAGCAUAGCGAAGGAGAGGGAGUGUAGCGUAGCAUAGCGAGUGAGGAGUCGUACUCUACCAUUCCACUCUUCUCGGUCUUCUUCCUCAAAGUCUUCAGUUUCAGUCAUGCAUUCCCAGAUCUGAUCCGAUCCGGUACAAUCCGACAAUUCAAUUCCUUGAUUGCAUCCCUCGCUUCCCCCCUCUCUCUCUCUCUUUCUCCUGCCUUGUCUCUCUCCACACACAAACUCUUCUCCCUCUUCUUCCUUCUGCAUCAUCCCCGUCUCGAGACUCUUUUGCCAAUUUCACUUGUCCAUGUCUUCUUUCUCUUCCUUCUCUUGUCGCCUACCAUCCAUCCAAGAAUCAAUGAAUGCUAAUCUAAAGUCCACGCUAGUG